CGUCUUUGUGUCAUGGCACCGCCACGCGUCCAACGUAUAGAUCUUUUGGGACAUCAAAGAUGUGAGAGCGCGCCUCGGAGAAGAUAUCUCCUCCGGAGAAAAUACCUUCAGGGCAACGUCCACAGCCGUAACUAUAAGACUGCCAUCUCUACGCGUUUUCCACCGCACAUCACUGUUCCACAUUUAUACAUCACUUUCACAACUCUAUAUACUAGUCAAGCAAUUUCCGAGAGCACAAAUCUUGACCGCUGCUUGCAGGAAAACUGGCUUCCCCACACUGUUGUUCGUCAAACAUGGCCUCGCAACUCCAAAUCUCUAUCACUGAACGUCCGCUCCUCGCAGCCGCAGGCACUAUAGGCAUCGUCUUUGCCGCCAUAGCAUUCCGAGAUUACCAAAAUUACUGCUCCCUCGGACCACAUGGCCUUCCUGCAACCUUCUGGGGAUGGUACACGCAGCUGAAGAUGACACGCAUGGCCCGCAAAGACGUCACAGUGCCAGCGCCGUACGACAUCGAUAAUGUAGCAGGUCCGCACGAUAAGGAGCAGUUUCUGCCGCAAGACGCCUCGCGUGCCCUCAAAUGGCGACCAGGCAACAAAGCACCGCAGAUUCCAAACUUCGUGGCUCCUCAACGACAAACAAGCGAUAUUGCCAGCGAAGAAUUGAAGAAGGCCAUGUAUUCGUAUCUUGACAUGCUGGUAGAAUCUCACAACUCGGUGCUGCAAACUCAGAAGUCCAUUCUGGAAGGCCCUGUGCCAGCAGUCGGCAUUAAGAACUUCGCUUCGCUACCCGAUGCGAAGAAGCCGGACGUGUAUCGCUCGACACGGGGAGAGAUCAUUCAUAUUCAUCCUCCGGAUGGCAGCACGCACCUGAUCAUGAGCUUGGCUGAUCAGAAGAGUGUCAUCGAGACGGGUUGGGGAAGGAGGCAUCGGCUGAGUGGUGGCGGACGGCUUCCUUGGAACUAUACUUUCACGUAUGCGCCGAGGAAUGAGAUGGAGUUCGUGGUUUGGAAGACACUUGUCGGAGCGGCGGUGGAAUUUUGUCUGGCAAAUUCGGCUGGUCGUGCUGACCAGAAGUAAAGUGACAGUGGUUCGUUCUAAGUGGUACUUCUCUUUAGUAAUCAUUUGCCAUCCUAUAUCUGAACAUCGGUUUUCCCUUACUGAUCUUCCCUCUACGCACUGAACCUGAUUUUGUAUCUUUGAAAACUUCCUUCUGACCAAAGG